AUGGCUGCCCCUAACCUUCCCUCAAGGGUCAAGACCACCAACGACUCUGACGAUGAGGCCACACCGGACGGCGAUCCCUCGAGCACCUCGGGUCUCCUGAUUGAGCGUUUACAGGCUUGGAAGCAUAUGUGUGGAUACUUGGAGAACUAUGUCUCUGCCGUGGCCAAAGACCAGGCAGCCAGGGCCAAGGAUCAAGAGAAAGUCCUGAAGACAUUGUCCACUCCCCUCCGUGAGGGCCACCAUUUCGAUACAGCUCUGGGGGGAGUUGCAAGCUUUUUCGAAAAUCUCCGCGCCAAUACCCAAGCCCAGAGCAUCCUGUACACGGAAACCUCCAAGAAUCUGACGGGCUCUGUUCUUCCUAUUCUCGAGCGAUUACACGCCGAAAUCAAAAACAAGAACAAGGAGAUCACGGGCGGAGCAGGCAAGGGCGCGAAGGCGGUGGAGCAAGCCCGGGCAACCUCGCAGAAGCAUAUUGAACUGCUGGGCCAGCAGGCCGCCCAUUUCGACGCGACCGGUGGCAACAAGGUCUCUGCACACCAUGACCCCUAUGUGGUUAAGCGAGGCGCCUUGCACCGCCUCAACAAGCAGCUGCUGGAGGAAAACAAUAACAGACAAGACCUGAUUGCAGUGCAGAACUCUUUCGCUCAGUUUGAGGCCCACAUUAUCACGACUGUGCAGACGGCCUUGGGCUCUUACAACCAGUUCAUGAGCGGACAAGCGGAUCGUCUCAAAGCAAUGUUCGGGGACAUUGUGUCUACUGCCAGCAACAUCCCGUUGGAUUUCGAAUGGAACGGCUUCCUCAGACGCAACCAACAUCUUCUUGUCAACCCCAAUGCUCCACCCAGAAGCAUGCAAGAUGCCUCUUUCCCCAAUGAGAACCAUCGUUCCACCAAACCCAUAAUUGAAGGAUCUCUCGAGCGCAAACAUCGCGGUAUGGGGGCUCUCAAGGGCUAUAGCAGUGGCUACUAUGUAGUCACUCCGGCAGGAUUUCUACACGAGUACAAAGACAAUGACAACUUCCACAAGGAUCCCGUGCCUGAAGUGUCAUUGUACCUUGGAGAUUGCAUUGUCGGAGCCUUAGAUGGGCAGAAGUUCACGAUCAAGGGCAAGGACUCGUCCGGAGGCAAGUUCGGGCAGAAGAUGGCCAUGACUUCGGACUUUCAGUUCAAGGCCCACACCAAUUCGGAUGCACAGCUAUGGCAAUCAGUCGUUGCGAGCUUCGCCCAGUCCUCGAACAGUUUGCCUACGAGCCCAAUCGAGAGUCGGAAUGUGACUCCCAUCACCACCAACAUCGACGAGCAAACGCAGGGAGUGACGAGCGGGCCGAACAGCGCCAAAUCACCGAAUCAGGCGUCAUCUGCGACUCAGGCUGCUGCCGGACCAUAUCAUGGCGCUCCAGCCUCGAAUGCACUGGAAGAGCGAAAGUACGUGGAGAAGUGA